UUUGGGAGUUAUAAAUAUUUUCUUUGCGUGAGUCGGUUUAUGGAUUGACUUGAUCAAGUGGCAACGACAAUUUGCUAAUUGAUCCACUGGGUUCGGUUAUCUUCCAUAUAACCUUGAUUAAUCCGAUCCUUCGUUCUGAGUCUCAACAAAAAUGGCGCCGUUGCCGGGGAAAAAUGGUACUAUCGUGGUAAACACUGGACCAACCCGUUCACGCUCAAAAACACGAACGCUUAGUGGAGAGUUCAGGAGGACGGAGUUGUAACAACCCGUUACAGAGUCGCCUUAGCAGCAGCCGCUGAGCAACAAAUCGGCGGAGAAGAAGGAGAGCAGAAUACACCACCAAAGCCACCACUUAAGCAAGCAGAAGAGGAGAUGGUCCACAUCGACAACGAUUCUGGAAUUAGAUCUCUGCACGCCCAUGACGAGAGGGAGCCCACCCAUGCCAUCGCUUUUACUCCUGCGAUGCGUUCUAUAGCGAUCAAAUCAGGAGUGCUGGCCGUCUUGUCCCACUUUUACGGCCUCCCGAAGGAAUGUCCGUAGCCUUCAUGUAGGAAUUCUGUCGAUAUUGUGAUAUCCAACCCGUUCCGACUGGAUCCACGUCGGAAGAUUAUAGGCUGAAGGCUAUUCCCUUCGUCUUGAAGGGAGAUGUUGUAGUGUGGCUGUAAAGACUUCCAGAAAACUCAAUCAGAACCUUGGCGGAAUUAUGAAUGAUAUUUUUGGAUCGUUUCUUCCCAACGUAAAAAAUGAGUACCCUCAUGCGGGAAGUCCAGGAAGCCCAGAGGGAGCAGAGGGCUGCACUAGAAAUGCUCACAAAGCAGCUAUCUCAAGUUGCCACAUCACUAGGCAAACUGAGGGGUAAUGAAGGGAAGAUUCCAGCUACAGUACAGCAGCCUGCUGGGCGAGAGAAUGUCAACGCACUUUCUCUAAAAUCAGAAGAGAUUGAUCAAAGCCCCUCUGCAAGUUCUCCGGCACCUAUAACAGGAGCGACUCCUGAGAAGGUGCUGGAUUCAGAGCCCUUGAUCAAGUUGAAAAAAAAGAGGCUGAUAUCCUUGAACAGGUUGCCGAGGAAAAGAGGAAGGUCAAGGCAAGAAAUGUACCUGUGGAAAUCCAGAAGGGUGAUCUCACAUCAAAGGAAGCCGACCCGGGGGCGUUCACACUCCCAAUCUCCAUCAGAAACAUUCAGGUGAAGCAUGCGAUAUGUGACCUAGGAGCUUCCGUCAAUAUCAUGCCAUAUUCGGUGUACGAGAAGUUAGGAGAACCCGAGCUUGUCAAGACUAAGAUGACGUUACAACUAGCAAACGGGUCUUGCAUUCAUCCAAAGGGAAUCCUGAAAGACGAAAUCGUCAAGUUGAACAAGUUCGUGUAUCCAGCCAACUUUUUUGUCAUGGAAAAGACAGAGCCAGCAGCAGGGGAGUCCGUUGGGAUCCUUUUAGGAAGACCAUUCCUAUCUACAACAAGCGCAGUCAUCGACGUCCGCAAUGGAACGUUGCAUCUGAAUUUUAAAGGGGAGCGACUGACAUUUGGCGUUGAUAAGAAUGGGAAGCAACCACAGGACAGUAAGAGCUUACAUUCGGCAAUAAUUACCAAACCCCGAGUGCAGAAGUGUCUGGAAAGGGAUCUCUUCAAAGAAACACCCACUGAUUUCAGUGCAAAUGGACAUCUGAAGAAAGAGGCGGCUGAAUGGUUCGAUGCAAGGCUAACUGGGGGUCCUAAUGAGGAAGACAUUGAAAAGGCAAUUAUGGAUUUCUGUAAACCUCCACAGCCAGUCGGGUCAACAAGGAUAGUUCAACUAGAAGGGGACGAGAAGCCACCUGAUCAAGGGGGCCCAAUGGAAAGUAAGCUUAAGGGAGGUACCACGCCUGCGAGCCAAAUACUAUCACCACCAGCAUUACCAGGCAUCCUUAGGGCCCUGACCACCCAGAUGCUUAAAGAACCAUGCGAACCGGACCUACAAGGGCAAAAGAGACAACUGCUAGAUGAGCUGGGGCCGAGUCAAGAAGCAAUUAAAAGGAAAAUAUUAGAAUCGAUAUGGAUCGACCCAAGUCCAUGCGUGCAUUCCCCCAAGUCAGGAGAAGAAGCGACACCCUACUCUGUUCAACAAGGCAGACUUGACCCCACUCUGAGGAGAGAAGAGCUCACGGUGGGGCAGAAAAACUUACUCUUCAAACGUCAAGUCAGUCUGAUGACCAAGAAGCAAAAAUCAGAAUGGGACGAUCCUUGCCCGCCAUUCUCUACGAUGAACGGACAUGAGAGGAAGCCAUAUCGUGAUAGGAAGCCAAAGUGGGCAUGGUGGAAAAAAUUCCACUAAUCAUGCCUAACGUUCUCCUGUAAGUAGGUAUAGGGGACGACUGCGUAUUCUUGGGCAGUCUGCUUGAUCAAGCAACUCAAUCAUAAAUCAAUAGUCUGAUCAAAUGACAUCCUAGAGAAACCAGUCAUACCCCUGGUAGUUUAGUGUAAAUAUUUUAUCUUGUUAUUUAAUUUUUGGUUUUAAAAUGAUUAUUGAAAUAUUAAAAAUAUUGUGUUUUUGAAAAGAAGGUGAAACUGAUCAAGCUGUAAUCACCUGAGUAUUCAUCUGAAAUUACGGGUCCGCUUGAUCAGUUGUAAUUUGAAUUUAAUAGUGCGGUGAUUGAAUUGAUCAAGACAGGUGAUGAAGGGACGUGCACUCAUUGACAAGUUGUGAAAAUGCGAACCGUUGCAUUAGAGAAGAUGUACCGGAGAGGAGUAGCGUAUCGGAGAAGCUAGGCCAGCUGGCACCCUGAAAAGGCACGCCUGUAAGUGAAGAGUCGCAGAGAUCUCAACCGACGGGAUUUUCGCAUAAAAGGAGGCUCUCUGACUCGUACUCCACUUUUCGCCAACUACCUUCAGUACACCUUGUUCGCCUCCACAAUUCCCCAAAAUUUCAAAACCUCUCGAAAAUUCACUCCCUUUGCAGAAAUCGCCCCCUCCCAUUACAAUCGAAAUAGAAUCGCUCACUCCCAAUACAUCCUCCUCACCCUCCGACGCCCAUCACCAACCAGGCCACCCUCGGCAUCUCCAGAUCAACUUCCCAAGAAAUAGU